GGUGUAGAAUUGAAUUGUGCUAAUGGGGGGCUAGAUGGGCCUAAUAAUGCCUAUCAAAUGAAUUCAUUUCUUGCUGAUUUGAGGAGAACUCUGGGCUGGAAGAAGCAGAUUUUGAUCAGCCUAAACCCCAUCAGCUUUGUUGACCAGCUCAACUUUGAUUUUGCCAACAUGGUUCGUUCCGUUGACUAUAUUGUUGCUAUUGGUUAUCGCUACCAUCGCUCUACAAAUACACAUACUGGACAUCAUUCACCUUUAUUUAAAAACAGUACGUUGCUUAAUCAGCCAAAGAUGACUAUUCAGGGCACUCUAGAGGAGUUGCUUUAUAAGAAGUUAAUCGUUUCCCUCUCAGCAGAGGCUAUGUCUCAACACUUUGUGGAGGAUAUUUAUGGCACUCGUUCUUGGGAAUCUAGAAGAAUUGGCGAAUCCGCUUCGUCAAUCUCCCAAAAUAGAAUAAGAGCUCAUGGGCCGGGAGUGGUUUCACAAACACAAGUUUGCACAAUAAUGAAAGAACCGACCACAAUUUCACAUUUCCUAAACGAACUUGGCGUUCCUUAUCUAGUAAAUAAUGAUAGGGAAUUUAUUGCUUUUGAUAACAGUCGUUCUAUACAAAUUAAGCAUGACAAUAUUGCUGGGGAGUGUCCAGAAGGGGAACCGUUCCAUUUGCUUAGAACAAUUGCGCAAAGUCAGACAUGUUACAAUUGCGAUGUUUCUUCUGUAAAAUCAAACAAUAAAAAUACAACUAAGGAAAAUCAGAAUCCUUCUUCUUCUGAAUUACUAGAAAAUUCUGAUGACGAAGAAGGCGAAUUAACUGAAGAGGAGAAAGAUUUAAAAGCAAAGAAAAUAUCAAACGAUCAAACUUUGCGUUGUCAACAAUUUGAAGAAUUUACAACUAAUUUUACUGUGUUUUGUUCCCUUUCUCUGGAUAAUGUUGAAAUUGAUAUGUUAACUAAACUUCCAUUGAAACAAUGCAAUGUAUUUUUAAUUAAUAAUUUGGCAAAAUUAGAUGAACAUGGAAAAACUGUUGAAAAAGAGGAAAAUAAAGAAAAAUUGGAGAAAAUUGUUUCAAUAGCUAAUAAAAAAGAAAAAAAUAAUUUGUGGGGAGAAGUUGGGUGUGAAAUGAGUCAAACCCAGUGGGAAAGAAUAAUUAAUGUAGCUGCGUUAAACAAGCUUAUGACUACCUACCAAUUGUCUGGGUUACUUUUGGACUGCGACAAUUUCAUGCGCCCCCCUCUUCGCAGAGAUUUUAGUCAAUUUUUAAACGAAUUAAAUUCUGAAUUAUUUGAAAAGGAUAACGAAAAGGAAGAUGAGAAGAAUGUAGUGGAUGAGUUGAUGGAUUGUAUGCCUAGAUUGGCUUUAAAAAUUCAACUCUCUCGUAAAAAUAUUAGUGAGGUUUAUGAGCCUGAACAAUUAAACAAAUUGCUCAAGUUUAUUUUGCUACCUUCAAGUAUUGCACUUUCCAAGGCUAAAGCUAAAAGUGCAACAAUUCUGACACUUGAACAAGCCAAAAUAAAAUCCAACUUGAUUAUACUAGAAUUACCAACCUUUGCAAUUUUGCAAAAGCGUGAGGAGGAAAAAGCAGAGCCUUUAAUUGUUACACAAAAGGAGGUUUGCCAAUUCAUUAGAAAACCGGGUGUUCAACACCACACAAGAUACGAUGCUGUUACUUCUUAUUGGAAGACGGGUGAAGAGUGGUCCAAUACGCCUUACAACGCCGUCUUGGAGGCGUUCUUCUAAAAUCGUUGGAGUCUGAUGACCCCGAAGAUUUUUGUAAAAAUGGAGGAUAUGGGUUACUUAAUACUGUGCAUACAGCUAGAUGUG